GUAGAGUCGACACGGUCGAGCGAGCUACACAAUCAUGAGACAUUUUUUAUUAGUCCUUUUGACAUGUACUAUAAGUAACGCUCUAAAUUUAGACUUUCUAGAUCCAACCAAAUUACAAACCAAGACCCCAGCCAGUGUCCAACAACAAGCUGCAAUAGACAUUAUUGCAAAGUAUUCUAACCAAGUGAUAGUGGAAGUGAAUCCUAUUUUGUUUCAAAAUAACAAAGAUGUGUUUUCGUUGCGCACAUCACAAGGUCAGCUCCGCAUCAGGGCGAGUACCGGUGUCGCCGCAGUAUGGGGAUUUAAUUAUUACUUGAAGAAGUAUUGCAAAAGUCAAAUCGCAUGGCAAAAUCAAAGGUUAGCUAUACCCGAUCCGUUGCCUGAGGUUGAUGAAUUCGUUGUAGCGAGUGAUAGAUUUCGUUACUACCAGAAUGUAUGCACUGCGUCGUAUAGCUUCGUUUGGUGGAACUCUGAUGAUUGGAAGAACCAUGUCGAAUGGAUGGCUUUAAACGGUAUAAAUUUGGCGCUUGCACCCGUCGCUCAAGAAGCGGCAUGGGCACGUGUUUACCAAAAAUUAGGUAUGAAAAAAGAUGAAAUCGAUCAACAUUUCACUGGACCGGCCUUUCUGGCUUGGCUGAGAAUGGGAAAUCUACGUGGUUGGGGAGGGCCUUUACUCAAAUCUUGGCACGAUAGACAGAAAGAUAUCCAGGAUACAAUAGUAGAUUACAUGUUCCGACUUGGAAUUGUACCUGUAUUUCCCGCAUUUAACGGACACGUACCAAGAGCAAUAUCCAGAAUUUAUCCAAACACAACCUUGCACACAGUAGAGACAUGGAAUAAGUUCGGUGACAGCUACUGUUGUGAUUACUUCAUUGACCCAAAUGACCCGCUAUUCAAAACUAUAGGUAUGUUGUUUUUAAGGGAGGUAACUGCCGGAACAGCUUCUGACCACAUUUAUGCGGCUGAUCCUUUCAAUGAAAUUAAAGUUGCAGGUUGGUCAACUAGUUUAGUGAGAGACACGGCAAAAGCUAUAUUUUCUACAAUUUAUGAGUCAGACGAUAACGCCGUAUGGUUAGUUCAAAAUUGGAUGUUUGCUCACGACCCUGUAUUAUGGCCCAAGAGUAGAGUAGAAGCAUUUCUGACGGCCGUGCCCAGAGGACGAAUGCUAGUUUUAGACUUGCAGUCAGAGCAAUGGCCGCAAUACAAUCUAUAUGAAAUGUACUUUGGGCAGCCUUUCAUAUGGUGCAUGCUGCACAAUUUCGGCGGCACAUUGGGAAUGUUUGGAAGUGUGCAAACAAUCAACAACGAUAUUUAUGAAGUGCGAAAUCGAGUAAAUUCGACAAUGAUUGGCAUAGGUCUUACGCCUGAAGGCAUCAAUCAGAAUUAUGUAAUCUACGAUCUAAUGCUAGAGACGGGUUGGCGUAAGGAGCCAAUUCAAGAUUUAGACAAGUGGGUGGCAGAUUACGCUGAGAGAAGGUAUGGAUGCAAUAACACCACCGAUGCUUGGAAAUUGCUACUACAUAGCGUGUAUAACUUUGAAGGUCUAAACAAAAUAAGAGGUAAAUACGUUGUUACCCGCAGGCCUAGUCUUCGAAUCAAACCCUGGGCUUGGUACAAAAGCAAAGAUUUGUUUGAUGCUUUCAAAACAUUCGUUUUUGUAAUGAACUCAGACUGUUUUUCUUCUGGAUUUAACCACGACCUAGUCGAUAUUACUAGGCAAGCCUUGCAAUACCGUGCAGAGCAAUUAUACAUAAACAUAUUGGACAAUCGUUAUUCAAGUACUUGGGUAUAUAACGCUACCAUAAAUCAGUUUUUAGAUAUAAUGCAAGACAUAGAGAGUAUUCUAACAACGAAUCAAGAUUUUAGUAUAUCAAAUUGGUUAUCAAAAGCAAGAAGCUUUGGCUCAUCUGAAGAAACAUUCUUUUAUGAAAUGAAUGCAAGAAACCAAAUAACACUAUGGGGUCCCAAUGGCGAAAUAACAGAUUACGCAUGCAAGCAAUGGGCUGAAGUAUUCCACUAUUACUACAUUCCGAGGUGGACUUUGUUUCUGUCGGCAGCUUUUGAUGCGAAAGCGAGAAAUGAAAUAUUUGAUGAGAGGGCUACACAGAAACUGGUCAGAGCAACAGUUGAAAAACAAUUCCUAUACGUAGACAUCAGUACGUCAUCGUUUGGAGAUCCUCAUGAAAUAGCAAGGAAAUUGUUUGAGAAAUGGGCAUAUGCUCCAGAUUUGGAUGACCUGCCUUUGAACGUGAUACCACGUGAACCUAAUCAGAAAACAACCUUGGCAGACGUUGAUGAAGACGAUAAUGUAGCAUCUGAACACCCAACAGUCAUGUUAUUACAUUCAACUACACCAAAUGUUUAAGUAAAUCAUUAAUAUCAUUAUCUAGAAUUGCUAAAUAUUAUAUGUAUAUUAUAAAUAAACUAAGAUAACGAUCAAUCUUAGCUUUUAAUUUAUUUUUCGCACAACUUAUACGUUCUCCUUCAUGAAUA